UAUGGAAAUUAUGUCGUUCAACGAAUGCUUGAAGUAGCGAUUCAAGUACGAUUGGGACAACGCCGUGGAAAUCAGCAAUGGUUUGACAAAAUUGUGACUUAUGCUUACAGUGUUGGUCGACAGCUUUCACGUUAUUCAUCUGGCAAGAAGGUUCUUGAAACUAUCAAAAUGACUCUGGCACAUUUGGCGCCUCCUCUUUUGCAAGUUCAAAUGCCGCAACCAUUACCUCAAUACUAA